GAAGGAGGUGAAGAAGAAGAAGAAGAAGAAGAAGAAGAAGAAGAAGAAGAAGAAGAAGAAGAAGAAGAAGAAGAAGAAGAAGAAGAAGAAGAAGAAGAAGAAGAAGAAGAAGAAGAAGAAGAAGAAGAAGAAGAAGAAGAAGAAGAAGAAGAAGAAGAAGAAGAAGAAGAAGAAGAAGAAGAAGAAGAAGAAGAAGAAGAAGAAGAAGAAGAAGAAGAAGAAGAAGAAGAAGAAGAAGAAGAAGAAGAAGAAGAAGAAGAAGAAGAAGAAGAAGAAGAAGAAGAAGAAGAAGAAGAAGAAGAAGAAGAAGAAGAAGAAGAAGAAGAAGAAGAAGAAGAAGAAGAAGAAGAAGAAGAAGAAGAAGAAGAAGAAGAAGAAGAAGAAGAAGAAGAAGAAGAAGAAGAAGAAGAAGAAGAAGAAGAAGAAGAAGAAGAAGAAGAAGAAGAAGAAGAAGAAGAAGAAGAAGAAGAAGAAGAAGAAGAAGAAGAAGAAGAAGAAGAAGAAGAAGAAGAAGAAGAAGAAGAAGAAGAAGAAGAAGAAGAAGAAGAAGAAGAAGAAGAAGAAGAAGAAGAAGAAGAAGAAGAAGAAGAAGAAGAAGAAGAAGAAGAAGAAGAA